CCUGCGCACGCUCUAACGGCGCCGUGACGGGACCGGCCCCGCGCGGGCCGCCAUGCCGUACUCGACGUGCUGCCGGGUGGCCGCGGUCUCCUGCCUGGUGCUCUGCGUCUCCCUCCUCCUGCCGCGGACCUUCUUGUCUCGGGGCGGCGGGAGGCAGGAGCCCGGGGCCGCGCCGCUCGCAGCGCCCGCGCCGCCCGAGGGGAAGCUCAGUCGCUUUCCACCCAGGAUGCAUUACCAGGCUGCUCCCGACAGCCGAGCUGCCCCUCAUUUUCCAAGGUCUCACCUGGCUGAAGCAGUUGCCAAAGCCAAGGCAGGUGGAGGCGGUGGUGGAAGCACUGGUGGAACUGGGAGAGGUCUUGUGGGACAGAUUAUCCCUAUAUAUGGAUUUGGCAUCUUCUUAUAUAUCCUGUACAUUUUAUUUAAGCUGGCUUCCAAGGGAAAAACAAGUGCUGGAGAGCGGAAAUGCCCAACUGCUGCACCUGGGAACACCAAGAGAAAAAUCACUGACUAUGAGCUCACACAACUCCAGGAAAAACUGAGAGAGACAGAAGAAGCUAUGGAAAAACUAAUGAACAGAGUAGGACCCAACUCUGACAGCAGGACUCAAAAUGUUACAACAGACCAUGAAAAAAGGUUACUUCAGCAACUCCGAGAAAUUACCAGAGUUAUGAAAGAAGGAAAAUUCAUAGAUGGCAUCUCUCCUGAGAAGGAAGCUGAAGAAGCUCCUUACAUGGAGGACUGGGAAGGUUAUCCAGAGGAGACCUAUCCUGUCUAUGACAAUUCUGACUGCUUCAAGCGCAAACACGACACAAUCUUUGUAGAUUACCCUGACCUGAGCCAGCCCUCUGCAGAAGAGCUGGCAGAAAGAAUGGAGGACAUGGAAGAUGAGGAGCAUCUGUGCAAUCAAACUCUAUCUGAUCUCACCAUAGCAAGGGGAGAUCAUGAUUUAAUGCAGAAAGAAGACGAGGUCACUGGCAGCAGUGAAGAGGCAGACCUUCAUCACAGCCAGAGCACUGAGGGGUGCUGCUGCUGUUACGAUGACGAUGAUCCUGCUAUCAUAGCAGAGAACGCUGGGUUCCACUCUGAGAGUUGCAGCGAAGCAGAAGAGUCUACCCAAGAGGAUCUGUCUGUGGAGUUAGAAAAUGAAAAUGCAGCACUGAAAAAGCAAAAAGCCAGUGAUUUCAAUGAAACAGGCACACUGAGAAAGCGCAACGCAAAAGGACUUGAGUAAUAGGGACAGUAGUGGAUGUUAUCUGGAUGACAAAGGUAAAGGUUAUAAACUGUCAUUUGUGUGGUUUUUGUUCCUGAUGAAGACUUCUACGCUCAGCUCUUUGUACCAAUUUCAUUCCCAUGGUAACAAUCAGUCACAUCAUCUACCUGAUGCCCUCUUUUGUAGUCUUAUCAUGGUUUACCACAACAUUGCUAACAGUGCUUUGUCCUUGUUUUUGGAGACCGGUAUCUUGGAGCAGAUUAUUUGGUUCAGAUAUUUGUGAUUCUUUCAGAUUCUGAAGAAAUAGUCCUCAUUUUUCCUCUCUGUCCUCCCAGAGUUUAGAAAAUGUCUUUUUCUCAAGCACAUCUGUUUGUGCGCUACCAGAUACAAAAAUUAAUCAAGUGUUUAUAUAUUUAUGAGAUCACGAGGAAGUUGGAGGAGAAAGUAUGCCUUCUCUUACCUGAACAUUAACUGAUAGCAGAAUAGACCCUAGUCAUAGAUGUGACUCUUUCUUAACUGUGUCACUGCUGCUGCUGUAUGCCCAAGACAUUGCCAUAGCCAAAAUCCACAAAAUUCAUAUGCUGCCUCAACCUACCACCCAUUUCGCAGCUUAUGCCACACUGCAGGCUCAGUAGCCUCAUCUAUGCUGUGUUCCAUGAAGCAUGUGGGCAAGACUGAAACAUUCCGAGUUUUGUCUUUGCCAUAGCUAUGGUGAAACUCCCAAAUGAAUCCAGGAAUUGAACCAUACUUCAUGUUACAGAACACUGAAAAUAUUCCUGGGGAUUAAAAGAAACCAAACAAACAAACAAAAAAACCCCACCACCAGCAAUUAAGUUUGUCCUUAGAGGUAUAGAAGAGAUUGAUGGUGAAACUCAGAUUGAAACUUCCAGGCCCCAGGGACUUCCUUGGUGGCCUCCAACGCACCCCUCACACAGCACCAACACAGUGGCCCAAAAGAUGCCAGGCCCCCCCUUCUCCCUUGGGGCUCUGUGCAGAGGAGAUGGCACCUCCCCACACUCCAGGACCAGGGGACAGGGAAAGAGGGCCCACAUAAGACUUGGCAAUCAGGAAUUAUUUUAUGGAGUGCUGGGAACCCUUGUGCAGGCUGGCUGUGCCUCCCUUUCCUGCUGGCACAAUGUCCAGGUGCUUCACCCCUCUCAGCCACUGUCAGGAAUCAGGGGCUGCGCAACUUGUGGGGAGCUGCACUGGUGGGGGGUCACUGAGGACCCCCAACCCUCCUGGAACACUCUUGUCACCAUUUCAUCCAGGGGAGCCCAACCAUGGGAUGAUAAGGAGAGGGCUGGGCCCAGGCACACAAGGGGAACAGAGGGCAGUCCCUGUGCCCAAGGGGCAGCAGGAGGCCACAGGGGAGUGAUUCCUAGGACAACUCAGCACACCAACCCUCCUCCUUCUCCUACAUGAGGCCAUCUUUCAGACCACAGGCCCCCCAGCUCACAGAACAGCCACAUUUCACCACAUGCAUCCCCAUCACUGUGGCCUCCUCAUGUCAUGAGCUACCUCACUACCAUUUGUUCCAGGCCCUACACACAUGUCCCAGCAGCCACCUCACAAUUCACUGAGCUUCAAGCCCCUCAGUUUACAAGAAUGACUGGAAGAAAUGGGUCCCACCUCAGCAAGUUAAGUGGCUGCCCACUUUUGCAUGGGAAAGCAGAGACAUGCAGCAGAAACGAAGUAAAAGGAGGUAGCACACCAUCAGCAGCAUGGUAGCAAUGGCCAUCACUCAUGUGCCUGAUGGCAUGGAGCCCAUGCAGGUAGAUCCACCUGAAGACCAUGAAGAACCCAUGGAAGUGAUCUACCUCCAGCAUGGCCAUCCUAGCACCACUACAUCAUGCCAGGGCUUUCCUCCAUGACACCAUCACCAUGGCACUGCAGGAGCACACAGCCAGUGCCCUACCAUCAGCCCAACCAUCACUUAACAUUCUAUGAAAACAAUAAACCAAGAGAUUAACAAUAAAGACACAUUCCUCCUCUCAUUUAGUACCUUGGUAACUGCCCCUGGACUCCACUGUCAUCUCCUGGUUUCUCCAGUCCAGGAGACACUGAUGUGGAGGGUGUGGGCCCAGCCCAGGGCCUUUGAGAUGGUAAGGGGCCAAGGCGCUGAAGAAGUGGCAGAGAACUGCCUCUGGUCACAAAGGUGACAAGACACUGCAGCAGGCUGUCCAGAGAAGGUGUGGAUACCACAUUCCUGCAAGUGUUCAAGGUCAGGCUGGCUGGGGCUUCGGGAACGUAUCUGGUGAAAGGUGUGCCUGGGAAGACCAUGGAACAGAUCCCCCUAGAAGCUAGGAGCAAGCCCAGGAUUUCAAUACCUGGGUCCAGGACUAAUGCCUGCACCAAGACUUUGGUUUUUUAAACCAUGAAGAGCCUUCAAGAGACAAGGUAUGCUGGGGCCUGACAUGAUGCACCUGUCCCAAUGCGGGGGGUGGGAAGUGUCUUGGGGCAGGAACUGGUAGGGCUGAUCAAGACAGCUUUAGACUAGAAUGGAUGCAGGGAGCAGAUACCAACAGCACUGCAGUAGGUAAACUGAGGGUUGGUAUGGCAUCACCCAUGGGUGGUAGUGCUACUGGGAACAUUUACAACUGCUCCUGGGGGCACAGAGGGCUCAAGAAUGUACCUGAAAUGCUUAUACACAAAUGCACUCAGUAUGAGAAACGAACAGGAUGAAAUGGAAACACUGGUUAGCUCCCAGAGGGAUCUGAGAGGGGGUAGAGCAGGGUGGUACCUGGCAUCCAGUCAAGGUCCUUAAAUGUGACCAGAGGGCAACAAAGCCAGAAGCAGUGUUCUGUGAGAACAGCUAAGGACUUUAGGCUUGUCUAGUCACAGCUUAAGCAUAAACUUCACCUAUGGAAGCCCGAAGUAGACAGGGACAAUCUUGCCCACUUUCCUCAAAGGGCUGAUUGUAAGGUUACACUGUGUAAGUCCAAGUACUCUUUAACUGUUAAGGAGUAGUUACACUUAUACAGCCCUAAAAUUACAUUUGGCCCUUUGAAGGCAACUGCGAGGCUCACGUGACCCCUGGUAAAAAUGAGUUUGACACCCCACCAUACAGCUUCCUGAGGAUGGGGCACUGAGACAGAGAUGCUCAUCUUUUCUCCCUAGUAUCCAGUGAUACAACACAUGGGAAUAGUUCAAAGCUGCACCAGGGGAGGUACAGGCUGGACAUAAGAAAGCAUUUCUUUACCAAGAGAAGCAUUUCAAAUUCUGGGACAGGCUUCCUACAGAGGCAGUUGCUGCUCUAAGCCUGCCGGUGUUUGAAAAGCAUUUGGACAAUGCCCAUAGUACCAUGCUUGAACUUGGUCAGCCCUGGAGCCAUGUGGCAGUCGGACCCGAUGAUCACUCUAAACCCCUUCUAAUUGCACUCAUCUGUUCUAUUUAUCCUAUGGCACAUGAAGCCGACGGAGAUGAUUCAAGACAGCCAGCAUGGCAUCAACAAUGCAAGUGUCGCCCGUCACAGAAGCACCCCAAAAAUCAAUUUAGGCAGGUGCUAAGUUCUAAACAGACUUAGUUGAUUCUAACCAGAACUGUUUAGCAGAGAACCAACUAGAAACAGGGUUUAUCCAAAAUUAUUCAGCACUCCAGCAACAUCCUAAACCACAUAUUGGGAUACCAGUUUAGUUACUACACAGCUGAUUCAGACUCAAGGUAUCCCAAAAGUUUAGCAUGACGAUUCAACAUGUGCAUCUACCCACGGAAAAACUGAGAGCUCUCAAGGGUACCCAGAAGAUGUAAUCACAAGGCAAGGUGUCUUAGCCCUCAAGAAAAUCUCCUUAGAUGGUGUCCCAAGCUAAGGAGGGGAGUCUCUGACCACAGCUACACUCUGAGGAAGACCAACUCAAAGGGGGUCUCAGGUGGGCUCCAUUUAUACCCUCAUUGAAUAUGAGCUUAUGGUCAUUUAUGGUAGUAGUCUAGAAACUUCUCUCAACAGAGGGAAGGUCAAGGCCCCUGUCUGUUGACCAAGGGGUGUAUAUGUGACCACAGUCGUCUACUGUCUAGAGAUUUCUGGUGCAUUUUUUUGGGGUGCAGGCCGAGUGCGACAGUGGUAGGUGCACCUGCCACACAUCCACCCCAUUACCAGAGUCAUGAUUCAACUGGUCUCUUCAGAGCAGUAGUGCAGUCACCUCUUGCCUCUGAAGUUAAAAGGAAGCACAGUUUUCCCAAGUCUUAAUGCCCACUGUGAUUCAGCAUUUCUCUAUUACCUUCCAACCAUUACAAACACAAUCAGUAAUCAAUAAUUACCAUCAAUAAUUAACCAACAACAAAAUUAUAGCAACAAUCAUCAGUGGCAACAGAUAAGUAGGUAGGCACUAUUUGAAGGUUGUAGAAGGCUGGUUAGCCAUCCUGGCAAAGAAAAACCAAACAUCAAACUUUUUCCACCCAAUUAGUCCCCACUGUGGCAUUAAUUGCCUGUAUCCUUUGCUGCUUCCUUCACCUCAUUUAGUCCUGAAGCAGCACUGAUACACUAUAUAUGUGGAUGGAGACCUUGUCUAUGGACAUGUCCAAGACUUCACACACUCUAGCACUCUUAUACUAGUAUUUUGCAUUGUUUCUUCCAAUAUAUUAAAUAGCUCUUCUGCACAGGUGCAUGUAAGGGCAAAGAUUCCUUGUCCAGUUUGACACAUUCACUGACUUUCAGAAGAUAAAAAUAUUUGAGAUAUAGCCACAGAAGCAGAGGUAGUGCCGUUUUACGAAGUCCAUUUGGCAGGUAUACAAAAUUAGUUCUGUAUCUUGAAGUUCCAUUAUGCCAUUGCCAUCAUCAUCUGCAUUAAUAACCUUGAACUUGUUUCAAGUGUUAUUUGCGACAGUUUCUUUAUCUGGACAGCUGCAACAGCUGCCCAUGAUCCAGGUUAUCAGUAGAUUUGGCCAUAAAUAUUGUCAACCUUUGCUGCAGUAUCAAGGCUUCUGUCAUACUUCAAAUUGUCCACACUGGUCACUGUCACCACUGCUAGAAGAAAUGACAAGAUUGUCCAUUUUUCUCUUGUCCUGUAAGAAAAAACAAAACUCAAGCUUUGAGAUCCGUCUUUCUUGUUCCAAGUCUGGGAUUAUCCACCAGACACAAGUACAAUGAGUUUUCCCACUUCCAUUCAGAGCUUCCCAGGCAUAUAAGCCUCUCUGUUUUGCCAGGGUCAUGGGCACAAUACUGGUAGAAGGUAAUUUCACCCUGACAGGUUGGCCCAUGUGUGCUUUUCAUAGAGGCUGGUCCUUUCCAUUGUUUGGUACGGAAACGUUGUAUGGAGCACUCAAUACCUUAACCCUCAAGUCCAAUCUUGAACCACUGUAGCUGUGGAGUGUGUUCUGUUAUGUUCAUCUUUGAGAACAUUAAGGGCCUCCGCAUGCUAUGAGGUCCGAUCCCAUCUCUGUUCCUCCACAGCAGGUCUUAUCAAGUGCAAUCACUGAAAAUCCCAGUAAGUGUCUUUUCCAGUAUCCCAAUGUGCCCAACAGCUGCUGCAACUCUGCUUUGCUGUCUGACUCCUCUUAAUAGCCAACACGGUAUGAUCAUCAUCAGUACUAAAAUAGCUCCCUCUAUCCACCAGGCCCCUAGGAAUUUAACUUCCUGACCAGAACCUUGACAUUUGGAAGGUGGAGUAGUUUAGUUUGUCAGUAAGCUCUGGACAGUCUCAGCUACCUGCUCAACCUGUUUCUUAUUGCCUCCACCCACCAAGAUGUUUUAUCUAUAGAUUGAUACAUGUGAAUACCUGAUGGCACAUUCACAGUGUUAAUGCGCAGAGCCAGGGUGUUGUGCGCAGUAGUGGGAGUGUUUAUACCAGGGGUGUCCAACUCGUUUUCACCAGGGACCACUUCAGCCUCACAGUUGCCUUCCAAGGGCCAAAUGUAAUUCUAGGACUGUAUAAAAAUAUAGGAGUAGUUAAAUUUAUGCAGUCCUAAAGUGAAGUUUUGCCCUUUGAAAGCAACCACAACACUGACACAGCCCUCAGUGCAAAUGAGUUUGACACUCCUGUUUUAUUCCCUUGUGGAAGACAAUUUCAAGUGUAGUGUCUCCCUUCCCAGGUAAAUUGAGGUUUGUCCUCCUUCUUUAAGGAAAUCGUAAAAAGUAUCUUUGGCAUCUAAGGCUGCCACCCACAGAUGGGCUGCUGCUUGUAUUGCAGUCACCACUGAAGUUAUGUCAGGAUGGCAGUCAUAAAGGGUGGGGUGUUGCUAUUCAGUUCCUGGUAAUCAAUAAUGAAGCACCACCGCCCAUCCAGUUUACAAACUGGUCAAACUGGAAAAUUAUAGGACAAAUGAGUGCAUCUGAUGAUCAAGACCAUCUCUGUAACACCCCGCUGUGCUGCACUCAGCAGGAGGUAUUAUCAUGAGUAUGGGUUUUUCUGGAUACCUGCAACGCAGGACCAAGCUGCCAAGUUCUAACGCUAUAGCAGCUUCUUUAGGCUGCAGCUGCAGGGGAACAAACUGCAAAGUCUGAAUGCUGCAGCAGCUUCCUCACAGGAGUGAGCUGUGAAGCCCUAAGGAGAGUAGCUUUCACCCCAUAACUGCCUUAUUAAUUAAAAAAAACAAAACAAAACACAAAAAACACCAAAAAACCCCACUCCCUCAAAGCCCCCCCCCAAAAAAACCCACUAAAAAUAUCCACCAAGAAAACCCCCAAAAAACCCACCAAAAAAACACCCCGAAAACAAACAAAACCACAACAUCCCCCCCCAAAAAAACACCAAAAAACCCAAAAAGAAACCAAAAAACCCACGAACAAAAAAUCCUAAAAACAAACAAACAAACAAAAACUAAUCGACCCAAAAAGAAACACAAAAACCCCUAUAAAGUUAUCGAUUUUGAACCCACAGGAACAUCAUGGACAAGUGUUUACCACGCAGGGUGGGUGGCUCACGCCCCAAUCCACAGCUUUUGAUGUAACAGAUUUCGGUCCCCCCCCCGGCAGAGGCGUGGAAGGGUUAAUUAAGUUUCCCCUCCCGAGGCUGGGGGGUGCAGUCGCCAAAGCGGCUUUUCCCCCCUCGCAAUUCGUUGCCUCCUGGAUCGUAUGUUCCAUCUCCGAGAGGCUGAGGGGCGAUUGCCGGGGCUCCCCUCGCGCUCUCGUGAGGGACCCGUCCAUGCGGCAGCGCUCAGCCACCCCCGCGGCCCCCCACGGAAUGCCUCCGGUUCCCGGGACUCACACCGGGCUGCCGAACCCACUGCUCCCGUGCCCUAUCACGUAACACUUCUGCCCGGUGAGCACGUGUACUGCCGCAUUUCGAGGGUUUCGCCUAUAUUAAGACCCUCCGAAGGACUGGACGUCUUCUUUUAAAGCGUCCGUCAGCCUCUGAGGAGCAGCCUAAGGGGCCGGGUCUGCCGGUACAGCCAUGGGGAUCCCUUCCCGUCCCUGCCCCCUCCCCAUUGCUGGGCUAUCAGCAGCCGCUUGUGUUCCUCCCGCCAACUCCGACAGAACUUCCAUCAGAGCGCUUCUGGUCCCCAGCACUCUCCUGUCUCCUCCUCGCUCAGCAGCUUCAGCCCCCGCUCCGCCCAAGAGCAGAGUACGCGGUUCCCUGAGCUCGGGACCGCCCCUGGGGCUGCAGAGACAACAGCUCGGGCCUUCCUGCCUUGCGAACCCGCGGUGCCUACUUUAGUAAAAUAUCGCCUUUUUUCUCUCCGAUGUCUCCAUUUCGUUUUAACUACUUUCGCCUCCGACUCCUCGGAAUCCGCACCUGCCACCAACUUUCAACUUCGGGCAACGCUGGGAGGGAGGAUCCCCGUUUGUGCCAGGGCGACUCCAGCCCCAUGCUCCAACGCAUGUGUCUGCUCUGCUCGCUUUCUCUUUGCCUUUCUGCUUUUACACCACCUCUCAGUAUUACCCUCCUCCCCAUGUUCAGAGCACUCAGGCAGGUUCCAUUCUCAGCAGCUCAGAACCCCACACCUGCUGCCCCUACACCGGAAUGAACCUUUUCCACCCACUGUGAACAGAGAUGAAAAGCGUAACAGCUGCAACUCCCCAGUAAUUCCUGAAUUUUCCAUGUCAGGCCCAACGAUGCCAAUUUACACAUCGCAAAAGCUCCCCAGGAACCAGCUUAGGCAGGCGACAAGCACCAAAUAAGCUUCAUUUUAACCAGAAUUGUCUAGGAAAGACCCAACUGCCAACAGACUCUGUCCAAAACUAUUCAGCACUCUGACAACACAACAAAACACGUAUUCAGACACCAGCUGGGGGCUCAGUUACUACAUAACUAAUUCAGACUCAAGAUAGCCCAAAAAUUUUGAAUGAUAAUUCAAAGCAUGCAUCAACCCACUCAUGAAAACGGAGGGCUCCCAAGGGUACCCAGGAGAUGUUAUCACUCACCAUUGGAGUCCUCCAGGAAACUUCUUCGGCCUGCACGCCAACUCUACAGCGAACACUUUCCCACCCCACACCCGCUCGUUGAACAACACCAAUCUGACAGGCGGCCUCCGGUGGGGUCCGUUUAUAUGAGCUUGUGGUCAUUUAUGGUAGUGGUCUGGAAACUUCUCUCAACCGAGGCGUUUCACUGGUCAAGGGCCCUGUCUGUCAAACAAGGGGUGGCUACAUGACCAUAAUGGUCUAUCGCUCUGGAAGUUUCUGGUGCUUUGUGGGGGGGUUGGAGCGUGGGGAGGGGAGGUGGCGCGGGGAGCUGCACUGGCCACACUCACAAACCCCGUGGCCUUCUAUGGUGGGGGGGUGGGGGGCAGCUUCUUUGGACAAGGGAAGAGCUAUAGGUGUUAUCUAUCUGAACUUCUGUAAAGCUUUCGACACAGCCCCCUGCAACAACCUUAUCUCUAAAUUGGAGAGAGGCAGAUUUGGUGGAUGGACUGUUUUGUGGAUGAGGAACUGGCUGGAUGGUCACAUCCAGAGGGCAGUGGUCAGCGUCCAGAAGGAGAUCAGUGGCAGGUGCUGUCCCUCAGGGGUCUGUACUGCAACCAGUACUAUUUAAUACCUUCAUCAACAACGCAGACAGUGGGAUGGAGUGACCCUCAGCAGAGCUGCAGCGGGCUGCAAGCCGAGCGGUGCAGCUGUCACACCUGACGGACAGGCUCGCUGGUUUUGCAUGUUGUAACUGUGGCCUGAUGUUUAGAUUGCUUGUUAUUUAUAAAGAAACCCUGCUGUAAAAAUUAAUUCAUAGAAAAGGAAGAGAGAAAAUUCAGAGUAAAGGAGAAGAAAAUUGAAUACUUACUCUUUUAUUAGGAGCAUGUUUAUUUUCUGAAUCACUCCAUCGGCCAACUUUUUUGGUUUUUUUUCAACACAUUCUGCACUCUCUCAGCAUAGUCUUUCUCUUUUUAACCAAGUCAAUAGUUUGGCCUCUUUCUAUGAGCAGGGUUAGCAUUUUCUUCUCUGCGAGUUCCCUCUGUGCCUCUAUACCCCCUGGGAGCCGAUAGGCAGCCUUUCUGCAUACUGCAUUUUAUUUAGGAAUAUGUUAAUACCAAAGACAGCUGUUAAGGAACUGCCUUCAUUCCACUGCAAGUAACAUCACCUGUCUAUCCCUCUGUCUCUGAAACAAGGCUCUUGUUAUUAAAACACCCUACAUGAGUGGAGAGACUGAGUGCAAAGGGUGGGAUGAUGGACACCUCUGGUUCUUCUGUAGAAAUAGUCAGGCUGGAUGGAUUGAUAAAGCUGCAUGACUUGCCAAGCACACAGCCCUUCUUGUUCCUUGCCAGUGGUAUGGAAUACCCAUAUACCAUGGCUGCUGCAGCUAUAAUAAUAGUCCAGUGCAUGGCCAGGUGAAAUGAGGAUGCCAUCUCAGGCCCGCUGCAACCAACAGAAGCAUGGACCUACAGAAUUUUACCUGUCUGUACAAAUAUGUGCUUCAAAUUCCUGUCUCUUAAAAAGGUAUGUGAAAUUUUAUAAGCUCACAUUUUUCAUUUGCAUUUGGGCAAAUUUGUGCAUUUAUUUUUGUGCAAGAUGUUGUAAACACAUGAAAAAGUGCUGUUAUUUGUGAAGCUCAGGCGUUUUCAUACAUUAAGAAACUAAAAUGUAGUAAAUGUAGUAAAUAGUUGCAAAUAACAUGCUUCGUAGUGCGAUAAUCUUACGAGUACUCCAGACUGCAUGCAAAGCAUCUGUCUGCUAAGGACAGCUCAGCUCGUGAGAGCACCCCGUGACUCGCUGUGUGUGGACAUUGUACUCUUCCACCCACACACGUGGGAUCCAGGUGAGCGGUUCUAUUGGCCUUUCGAUGGUGUUUUUGUUCUGAGCAAGCAGCUUGACCAGGCCUGGGUACAGCACUGAGUGUGAAGACACACACAAAUUUUACUGUUGGAUAAAGGCAGCCUGCUGUAUUAAUGCAGACCCUCACGACAGGAGCAAGAGGCGUUUGUAAAUCCUCACACUGUGGUGUGGAGCAAGGGCCACCAAAUCAGUUGUCCCCUGAUGGUGGCCUAACCAGCAGCCUGUCGACUGGUGUCAAUCAAUCAGCAUGUCCUUUGGAGCUGUUCCACUUUGCACUGGGAGUUAAAUCCUCCUUGUACCAGUGAGGGAAAUAUAAAGCAAUAUAUUUGUGUCUAACAUACUAAGCUCCCCAAUUAAUAACAAAAGUUUAAUUCCUAUGUCCAAUCUGCUUUUUGACCUUGCUAUCCUCCACCCUUCUGAAAGGUAAUUUUUACCAGACAAGUAAAAGUCCAGAAUUUAUUUUCAGGCCCCUUAGCACAGGGAGCAACAGAAUUCAGCUGUGGCCUGUGAGUUGCUCUGGGGGGGCAACUCACCCCCCAAAAACAUACCAAAGACACCUGGCACUGGAGUGUGAGCUGAGGAAUAAUUCUGUUACAGCACUCCUGAAGAAAAAAAGGAACAACAAAAUGAAACAAAAACUAAUGAGUAUUUCCUUUACUAAAACAGAGACCAGUUGUUGGGACUGCUUUUAAUACCUUAACUAAAGGCUUCAUAUUUCUUUGCAGCACCAACAGGAGAAAAUGAUGGUAGUGCAGGGUGACUGUGACACGUAAGGCGUACAAACAUAGGUGUAAGCAUUGGUCUAGCUGAGUGAUUUUUCUCAGCUUCGGAGCUUCACCAGUUUUUUUGGGCGGGCACAGAUUCCAAGAGAGCAAACAGAUACCUGACAAUAUGCUGAUUUUUCUCAGGGAUCUUGUCAGGAUGGCUUAGGCAGUGCCCAGAGAUGCUUCUCCUCUGCUGGUGACUCCUGCUCUGAUCAGCCAGCUGUCAAAAUGCAAGAUUACCCAAACCCGUAUUGCUCCUGACAGAGGAAAUUGCGAGUCUCCUGCCACUGAAAGUUUCUCAGAUAUAAAUGUCUGUUCAGUUGCCUUGGAGUCAGAAAAUAUCUUUCCAAUAGCUUUUCACAUAUUUGGAGAUUGUUUUUUUCUGUAACUGCGCAGCUAAUCAUUUGUUCCUAAGUAGUUCUUUGCUCUUGUUCUUACUGAACUGUAUCGCAGGUUUUUCUGACCAUUUUCCAGACUGAUUUUGGUACAAAUGAGCAGGCCAUGAAUUCAGUCCGUAACACCAGCUGGAGUUUGGAAUAGUUGGUUUAGCUCACAGCAAACCACAGCGAGGGAGCAGGAACGGGACGUGACUGUCGGGCACAGGACCUUGAAGAGCCAACACAGUAAUCUGACUGUGUCCCUCACGAAAAUGGGCAAGAGGAGUAUUUCUACAUUGAGUACCAAUUUCAAGCCUCUGAGCUCACAGUUUGAGAAAACGUACAGGCUGGAAAUGACGACAGAUCUGGUGAAGUCAGGACUGAUGGUAUAAUUUUCUAUGGCUGUGUGUUGUGUUCUGAAUUCAUAUUAGCGUUAAAGGUAAAAAUACAGUUUAAACAGCACUGGAAAUGCCUUAUGUUAAAUAACCUUCACAUUCUGUAGGUAGUUUAUCACGGUAUUUCUGAUCUUUGGUAGGGAAAGACAUAGUUGUUUCAAAAAAAUUAAGUUUAAUAUUUCUGCACAGUGGUUUGUAUUGACAAACACCAAAACCUCUAUGACAUACACAAGGUAAAUUAUGUGAAAAUACAAAAAUCAGUCAUUGCACAUACUGGUAAAUAAAUACAUUUACUCCAGAAUACCAAAGAGUUUCUUUAGAAAAUUUAGUUUGUAAAAGCACAUUCUUGCAGGUUUAUCUAAAACUCCAUAUAGGUCUGAACAAAAGUGAGAUGCCUGAAUACUUGAAACAGGUCAAGACAGUCUUGUGUGCAAACAAGCAUAACAUAUUACAGGCAUUAUGGAAAAACAUGACUGGUUAAAUAUUAGUUCUCUAGAUUAAGCCUUUUUUGACAAUUUUGAUAUUUUCCACUCUUUAAACCCCAUAUAAUGUAAAGGAAAUCUAGACCAUACCGUACUUGAAUUCUACUGUAUAUAAUUGGUUUACUUAAGAAAGGCAAAGAGAUGAAUUAGAAGAUGUUUAAUGUAGGUAUUAAAAAAAAACAAGCAAACAAACCAACAAC